GCGGUGUACAGAAAUCUUACACUGAAAUAAUAGGUUUCAUUUUCCACUGCAGACCAUCACUGUAACACUUCUCCGGAUUCCAGACUGAAAUCAAGUCAUGGCAUUACAAUCACAAACUACAAUUGUGACAACCCAGCAUGUCUCCUCUGGAACCUGGACUACAGGCAUCUGUGACUGCUGUUCUGAUAUGAGCACUUGUUGCUGUGCCCUUUGGUGUUUCCCCUGUAUGCAGUGUCAGACUGUGUCUCAGUUUGGCUGGUGUUUCUGCAUGCCAUUGCUGGACUGCUGCAUGGUGGUGUCUUGCUGUCUCCGCCAGAAGAUGAGAGAGCAAUAUAACAUUCAUGGUUCCUGCUGCGAUGAUUUUUGCAGUCUCUGCUUCUGUUAUCCUUGCGCCUGGUGUCAGAUGUCUCGUGAAAUCAAGAUUCGUGCUCAUUCUGGGACUGUGAUCACCCAACAAGUUACACGUAGUUAGAGAUCUGUUUUGUAUGGGCAAAAUUCAUGCAGGUGAUGAAAACUGAUGCAAAGUCCUUUGUAUUGCAUGCUUCACUGUGUUUUUCACAAAGUUUACCUGUUAUUGUGCUGUUUAUAUAAUGCACAAAUGUUUGUAACUUACUUUUCAUACUUUUACAAGUUACCAAAAACAAAUAGGCAUGGCAUAUGUAAUGUGAAAAACAAAUAGCGUAAAGCAAACAUCCUUAUUGCUUCACUAUGUAAUGGUAAAAAUAAAACUUUGAAAUGCUGUAUUCGUUGAAAUUCAUUCCAGUAAUAAAAUGAUGAGGUAAUAGAAAA